GCAGUAUAGUCAAAGUAUGUCACGGAUUGGUCUCUAAUUUUGUCGGAACAGUCCUCUCCACCCACACCUGCCGUGGACCGCCCACACUCCAACCCGCACUAUGUAUUUUAUUUAAAUGUGCAGCAGCCGUGUGUGUUGUGUGAUGGUGUAUGAAAAAAUUACAUUUCUGAUCAUUCUUCUUAACCGAUAGAAGAAAAAACAAUCUGUAGUGGUAAUAAGCAACUAUAAUUGCCUGUUUUCCAGUUGUAUUUGGAGCAGGACAAUUCAAGUGGAUGUGAAUGAGGUUUUGCAUAAAUUGCUUAAUUAUCCUUGUUACGCUCGCAGCGUACUGAGAAGCUGGACUGGCGAGCUGGUGUGAUGGAAUGAUCUGUUGCGUGCGGGAAGUUUGCAGGUCUUUCCAAAAAAUUUGGCUCCAAAUAUUUCUGUUUUGUUUUCCUUCUGCAAGUUAAUUAAAAUGUCGUUGAAGACAGAUUUAUUGCUAUUAUUCAAGCCCUAUUAUUUUGUUAACAUCUUACUGAGUUUAUCAUACAUUCUUGCAAAAAAGAUUCCUAUGUCAUGCUGGCUUGUAUUUCCUACUUCUUACCCUCAGUGUGAUUUAGAUUCGAGAGAAUCCGAGAUUCUAUUUUUCCUUCUUAUUGUUGUAAUGAUAAGAACUAAAAAAGCUGGAAGUGUGACAAUGAUAAACUAUUUAACCUCAAGUUUUAUCUACAAUAAAAUAGCUAACCUCAUUCUGUGGUAUUAUGCAGAUGUCAGAAUGGGAAUUAUAUACUCAAUUUUGUUUGUUUGUAAGUAAUUUAUUUUGUAUUAAAUUCAAUGUUAUUUGUACCACCUCUAGAAGAAAAAAAAGACUACAGACCACAUUGCAACAGCUAAUUCAGAAAUUAUGAUUGUUUCAUUUAUAUCCAUUAAAAAUUAAUAUAUUAAAACUUUUAACCACCCGAGGUGGGGACUUUGUUGUUUUAUAAUAUAUUGCACCAGAAAGCAUUAAUUUGUUAUAAUUAAAAAUGUUUGCAUGUUACCAUAGACUUGAAGUUGUUAAUGGAAGAAAAGGUUUAAAAAUUGGAUUUGGGAUCAAAACUGGCACAACUUGUAUUUAUUGGAUUUUAAUUCAUUUACAAAUUUAUUUUUUAAUCAAUUGCAUUGAAGAUCUAAGAAAGAUAUUUCUGAAAGCAUUCCCAAGUGCUUGACAGAUGAAACAAUGUUUAUGUGCAGUGUUAGGCAUGACCCUGCCGGAGCCCACCUAUUCAGGGCCAGACAAGGUGACCUACUUCCGCACAGAAGCUGGACUGGAGGAGGAACUCUCACGUGAUAAGCGAGUGGUGUGGCUUGUCACCUUCUAUGCAGCCUGGAACCCAGCCUGCGUCAACUUUGCCCCUAUAUUUGCACAACUUUCUGCCGAAUAUGGCUUGGAUAAUCUCAAAUUUGGGAAAAUAGAUAUUGGCAGAUAUCCUGAUGCAGCAACCAAGUACCGAAUAAAUGAUUCUUCAUUAAGCCGGCAGUUGCCCACUGUGAUUUUGUUUAAGGAGGGCAAGGAAAUUGCACGGAGGCCAGCAAUUGAUGGGCGUGGGAAGGUCAUGAAAUUCUUCUUUUCUUCAGACAAUGUCAAAGCUUCAUUUGAUUUAAAUAACAUGUAUAUUGAAUGCAAAAACAAUCCAAUUAAGAAGAAGUCUGACAAAAGUGAAAAAGCAAUUGAGAAUGGGCAUGAAAAAGCUGAAUGAAAGCAUUUCAAUUCCAUAUUGUUAGAGUGUAGUGUCAAGUGUUUAAAAUUGUUUAUUUGUUCUCAUAAUAAUUUUACAUACCUCAUAUUUGUCUUGAGUGAUAAUUAGUAUUUUAUUAUGUAAAUAUUAAGUUUUUAUGCAAAAACAUUGUUUUCUAGUCGAAUGUUGAAAAAUGGAUUGAUUGUUGAACAUUUACUGUAUUAUUUACUUUUACAACAACAAAAAAAUAUAAUUGUUUUGGUGCAUUCAAUAGUACUAAUUCAAGAGUAUUAAAGAGUGUUAAUGUAAUCCUGUCUAAUUUUACAUCUUAAAAUAUAUAAUGGUUACACUGACAAAUGAAAUUGAGAAUAAGGUGAUGUGCUGUUUAAAAUGGCACACAAUUCUUUCCGUUCUGUGCACAAAAAAUGGAGGGGGGAAUGUAUAAGUGAAUCCAGUUACCUCUGAAAACUGGUGACAGAAUAUAUAUAAAUUAAAAAAAAAAAAAAAAUGCAUGCCUUAUGAAUAUUCAAAUAGUAAAAAAAAUCAGCACAAAAAUUAUGAAAUAUUAGAAGGUGAUGUGGUAGCAGCAAUAAAAUUAUUGAAAGUAUCUUAUUUACUGGGUUGUAAGGGGCCUUCACUGCAAUCAUUCAAGUUAAAGAUAACAGCAUAGAUGAAUCUUUCCUCCAUGAUAAUAGUGAGGACUGAGAAAGAGGCAGAGGAAAUGGGAGAACCUUGAGAAAACCUGCCAAGAGUUUGCUUUGUCUGGGAAUUCAACUCUGAUCCAGUACUGGACUCUGUGCUAGCCAUUAUACCACAACUCUCCUCUUACUACCUUAAAAUUCUUUCAUUAUUAACAAGCUGAAUAUUUAGUAUGUAAUGUCCUCUUGGUUUUUAUAAUAAUCACAUGUUUAGUAAAGAAAUAACAACAGGACUGCCAAGCAACACAGAUAUGGCUCGAGAUUGCCACUUUCUGAAAAAACGGAAAAAAAUCUCAGAAAAUUUUGCAACUUAUUUCUUUAUGGAACGAUAUACAAGUUCAGCAAAAAAUAGAAACCAAUUUUUACUUGUUUUUAAAAACUUAAAAACUUGUUUCAGUGAAUUCAAUGAAAGAACUGAAAAAUUAGUUUGUUUUAAUAUUUUUCUUAAUAGUGUGAAAUACUGUACAAAACUUAUCAGUGAAAAUAAAAAAUGCAUUGGAAAAGCCAAGGACUUAAUCUAAGAAAUGAGUGGCCUCCCUGUGCUAUGAUCACUUCCCCUGUUCAGCAUAGAGUAGUUCAUUCUCAGAUUUCACAGAAUAUAGUUGGCAGUAAUCAAGUUUAUCUAUAGUAAGUUGGCCAAUGCUUGAAAAUUACUAAAAAAAAUCCAAAAGUUUUUUAUAAAUUUAAAAUCAAAGUUUAACAAGAAAAAAAAA